AUUCUGUUUAUAAUUUAAAGAAGAUUGGAUGAUGUGCUAGUUGAAUUUCAGUGAAAGAAAGGAAGGGUCUGAUCCAAGUCAAAUACUCUGCCAGCCUAAACCUGAAUAUUCUACAGCUGAAACUAGAAGAUGUCUUGGAAAAGAAAUUACUUUUCCGUGGGUCGGGGGAAUGUACAGGGCAUGUUUACUCCACGAAAUACAACCUCAAUAGCACCCAGUAAAGGUCUCAGCAAUGAACCAGGACAGAACAGUUGCUUCCUGAAUAGCGCACUACAGGUUCUCUGGCACCUGGACAUUUUUCGGCGCAGUUUUCGGCAAAUCACAACGCACAAAUGUAUGGGAGAUUCUUGCAUCUUCUGUGCUCUUAAGAGUAUCUUCAACCAGUUUCAAUGUAGCAGUGAGAAGGUACUGCCUUCUGAUGCCCUGCGCACUGCUCUUGCAAAGACAUUUCAGGAUGAGCAACGCUUCCAGCUGGGCAUCAUGGAUGAUGCUGCUGAAUGUUUUGAAAACCUGUUAAUGCGAAUUCACUUCCACAUUGCAGAUGAGACAAAGGAAGAUAUUUGCACUGCACCACAUUGCGUUUCCCAUCAGAAGUUUGCAAUGACCUUGUUUGAACAGUGUGUUUGUACCAGCUGUGGUGCCACCUCUGACCCACUACCUUUCAUCCAGAUGGUACAUUAUAUUUCCACAACCUCACUCUGCAAUCAAGCUAUCUGUAUGCUGGAGAGACGAGAGAAACCCACUCCAGAUAUGUUUGGAGAGCUACUACAGAAUGCCAGCACGAUGGGAGACCUACGAAAUUGUCCAAGUAACUGUGGGGAAAAGAUCCGUAUUCGUCGCGUGCUGAUGAACUCUCCACAGAUCAUCACCAUUGGCUUAGUCUGGGACUCUGACCACUCUGACCUGGCUGAGGAUGUGAUUCACAGUCUGGGCACUUGCCUUAAACUGGGAGAUCUCUUCUUCAGAGUAACUGAUGACAGAGCAAAACACUCUGAGCUGUAUUUGGUGGGAAUGAUCUGUUACUAUGGAAAACACUAUUCUACAUUCUUCUUCCAAACUAAAAUCCGCAAGUGGAUGUACUUUGAUGAUGCUCAUGUCAAAGAGAUUGGUCCAAAAUGGAAAGAUGUUGUGACAAAGUGCAUUAAAGGUCACUAUCAGCCUUUGCUGCUGCUGUAUGCAGAUCCAAGAGGAACUCCAGUGUCAACACAAGACUUGCCCCCUCAAGUGGAUUUACAGCAGUAUAGCAGGACUUGUUAUGAUAGUGAAGACUCGGGGAGAGAACCUUCCAUAUCGAGUGAUACCAGGACAGAUUCCUCUACAGACAGCUAUCCUUAUAAACAGGCGCACCAUGAGUCUGUGGUCAGUCACUUCUCCUCUGACUCCCAGGGGACAGUCAUCUACAAUGUGGAGAAUGAUGCAGCUUCACAAAGCAGCAGGGACACAGGGCACCUGACUGAUAGUGAGUGCAAUCAGAGGCACGUUUCCAAAAAGGGCUCGCUGGCAGACCGCAAGAGGAGUUCUAGCCGUUCCCGGCGAAAAGGAGAUGAGGCUCCGUCAUCAGGAUACCAUAGUGAAGGAGAAACCUUGAAGGAGAAACAAGCCCCCCGAACUGCCUCCAAACCAUCCAGCAGCACCAGCAGGCUGAGGGAAUUUAAAGAGACAGUGAGCAAUAUGAUCCACAGCAGACCACAGCAGAUUUCUCACACCAUCCAGAAUUCCCCUCGUGGAGGGAGUAGUGUGGAUCAGACAGAAACACGACCCUCAAAAAGCCUAUCUGCACACUGCCGAGACUGGGAAGUGGAGAGUACCAGUAGUGAGUCUAAAUCUAGUUCAUCGAGCAGGUACCGGCCAACCUGGAGACCCAGAAGAGAGUCUCUGAAUAUAGACAGCAUCUUCAGUAAAGACAAGAGGAAACAUUGUGGCUACACUCAGCUUAGCCCCUUCUCUGAAGAAGCAGGUAAAGAGCUUACUGAGAAUGAGGUGAAGGAACACACUGUUCAAGAAAUAAGAUCAAGCCAGUCAAAUGUCAGAUACAAGCGUGGUAUGCUAGGCCGGGGCACCCAGCACCAUAUGGUGGAUCAGCAGCCUCAUCUAAUACAGAGGAUGGAGUCUGGCUAUGAAAGCAGUGAGCGCAACAGCAACAGCCCUGUUAGUCUGGACUUGCCUUUGUCUGAAAGCUCAAGUACCCACAGGGAUGUUCAUAUGAAGCGAGGAGGUGGACUGGUUCCUGCCUGGCGUAACAUCCCAAAGUCUCAUAGUAGCAGCAUCUUGGAAGUGGAGUCUACUUCAUCAAUUGGUAGCUGGGCACGCAGCCCACACACCGUUGGUAAGAUACACUUCCCUGGUGAGGAGAUGUUUGGCCCUUUAAAGAGCGAACUGGACGAAUUGCAAGAGGAAGUGGCAAGGAGAGCACGUGAACAAGAACUACUCAGAAAAAGAGAAAAGGAAAUUGAGGCAGCAAUGGGCUUUAAUCCCCACCCCAGCAGGUUCAUGGAUCUAGAUGAACUGCAGAAUCAGGGGAGGAAUGAUGGCUUUGAGAAGUCGAUGCAGGAGGCAGACUCAAUCUUUGAAGAGUCGCUGAAUCAGGAGCAGAAGGGGGAUUGUGCUGCAGCUUUGGCUCUCUGUAACGAAGCUAUAUCUAAACUAAGACUUGCCAUGCAUGAUGCCAGCGCUAGCACUCACAGCAGAGCCCUAGUCGAUAAGAAGCUGCAAAUCAGUAUCCGAAAAGCCCGGAGCCUCCAGGAUCGCAUGCAGCACCAACAGCCAUCGCAGCCGCUGCCGCCGCCAACCUGCCACCCACCACAGGGCGGCACCAUGGCCCAGUCUACAAGUGAACAGACUGGCCCGCUCCAAGUACUGCUGAGCCAGGAGGUACCACUGGAACCCAACAAAGAAGUGGAAUUUGGGUCCAGUUCUUUCUUCCACCCACCUGCUUCCUGCCAUGAAUUGCACUCAUCAUUAUAUCCAGAGUCUUCCUCCUUGCCCCCUUGUGAAAGCAAUCCAUCCAACAGGAUCUCUCCAAACUUCCAGUCUGCUUCUGCUGAUUUUCAUGACCAAGUUCCCUCUUUUCCCUAUAGGCAAGGGUUGGCAGAGAGGUCUGCAAGAACUGAGAAUGAUGCCCACGGUAGUGUGGAAUUUGCUGACACCACAGCCACAGGGCCAAAAGACUAUAGGGAAUGCUGCAGAAGCAGCAAGUUAGAAGAGGUUCAUGACAUAAUGCCUAUUCUCACACCUCAGUACAAAUCCAAGACUAACACAGUAAACUCUGGGUCUUUGCCUACACUGUUUCCCUGUCCACAUCCACCACAACCAGCAUCUCCUGAAAAGGACAGCCAGCAAAGCCCCUGUUCCAAACUUGCAAGCUCUCCAGUGCAGCCCAGCAUUUAUCAUUCAGGGGCCUACCAUGCAAUGACCCCUACAAUUUCAUCCCCUACACAACAGUGCUCCUUGGAUCCUUUGCAGAAAACAAAUAAGUACUCCAGAGCAAACAGCCAUGAGGUUUUAUUACCCUCACAGGAUGAAUAUGGCACAGGAGAAGGUUGUAAAUCUGAGGCUUUUAGUACAAAGGGACAUGUUCGCUCCUUGGCAGAGCAGUUUCAGAAAAUGCAUGCAGUCUCCCAGAGAAAAGGUACUAAUGAAAAAGGCUGGAUUGCUGCAGUGUGUCAGGAUGAGAAGUCUCCAAAGUUGCCACAAAAAUCUUUCAUCAGCCCUUCAUCCUCUGGUCACAGACAGCUAAUCCAUCAAAACCAAGAAAACAAAAACCAGUCUUCUGAAAAGUUACACUCAACUGUGGAUAUUAGGGAUGUGGUAGUUUCUUUGGAGGGUUUUAGUGCCCAACAUGUUGCUUCUAAGAGUAUUUGUUCUCACAGUGAAGAGCUAUGUAGAAGAGGUGGACAGACUAUAGCAGACCCUGCACCCUACCUGGAAAGGCACUGUCAUGAUGGAGGAAUGAAGCAGGUGGAUGAUGGAGCUACUAGUAGCAUGGUUGCCUCUAUGCCUGUGGACCGUUGGGUGAAUAAUGUUACUAGGUGUUACAGUUCUCAGAAGGCUAAUAAGAAUACUGAAUGGCUUCCUGUACCUGGGAGGAAUCCACCCCUUUCUGAUCAGAGAGCAGUUGGAGAUGACUUGAGCAGGAUCCCAGUACAUCUGCAUCCACAGUGGAAUCAAGACACAGAACAGGAACUCUCAGAACUGGAAUCUCUCUAUCAGACUAGUCUGCAGGCAUCUCAGGCCACUAGGCCUUUCUUGGGAAGACAGGACAGUGCUAGGUAUCCAUUUGACCAAUCAGUCUCUGCGAACCUGAAUGUGAGGAAGCUGCAUGCUACCACUGGCAUGGGUCUCUCGAAAACCCCAACAGCAGAGAUCGAGCGCAGUCUGUCUGGAUCCGCUGUCUCUUCUGUCUCCAAGGUCACAUAUACCCGAGAACAUAGCAGGGAACCAGAAGAGGAGGAAAUGUACAGUGCAGAGAAUUUCCGUCGCAUCGCUCGCAGUCUCAGUGGGACAGUCAUCUCAAACAGAGAAGAGACCUUAGUCUCUUCUCAUAGUUUUGAAUCACCAAGUACAAGGAAAUUGCCAGUGGACACCAGCCACCGUUCUUCCAGCUCCACUUCCCUUCCUUUCCCCCAUGAUCCUCCUGUGUUUCCCUUUGAUCCCCAGCACAACCCAAACCACAUGCAGCACCUACCCCGUGAUGUACUGAUGCCCAGCAUGGUGGGCAAGGCACGUAAAGCGUCAGGAGAUCAGAAGAACAUCAUCCAGAAACUUUUGGUUGUGCCUGACAGGGGUGAAGCUUUCCAAGGUGAAGACUACCCAGGUGUGGCACUGAGCUAUGGGAGUCUCCCUUGUGCACUCAAAGGCACCCUUUCCCAGGGGCAAAAGCCUCUUGUUAAUCCACAUUUAGAAGGUGGAGCAUCAAGUGUCUCUGGCCAUUGGCUGAACACGAGCUACCCUGCCAGGCAUACAGCCACAUUACCAGAUAAACGAAUGACACUCUGGGGGAAACAUGCUGGCCAGCCAGGAAAGAGUUUACAUCAUCAAAUGCAUGAAUCUUAUGCCAUCGGUUGCAAGCUACCAGCCAGCACAGACUACAGCACUUUAAGAAUACCAUAUGAGCCUUCUUGGGAUCCUGGUGCCUCUCAAGGUUGUCCUGUGCCCCCUUCUUGCAUUAAAGCCCCGGGUCCAAGGAGAGUUGAUAUGCCCCCAGAAGAAGACUGGCGACAGAACAGCUACACCCCUCAGCCUGGCAGAAGGCGAAGGCUGCCAAUACAUGUGAUGGAUGGGACUUUCUCUUCUGCUUCAGAGGCACAAAGAAAUACGCUGGCUCCAGCAGCAGCAGCUGCUACUGGCACCAUGCAAAAUAAUGGCUGGUGA